AUGGAGGAUGAGAGGAACACCCAGCAGCACCAGGGCGGUGAGGCCCAGGAGAACGCCGGCGGCGAUCAGGUGGAGGUGAAGGACAGGGGACUCCUGGACAGCCUUCUCGGCAGGAAGAAGCACGAGGACCACGAGAAGAAGCAGCAGGAGGAGGAGCUAGCCACCGGCAUGGAGAAGGUCACGGUGGCCGAGCCCGAGGAGCACGAGCACAAGGAGGCGCACGAGGCCGCCGGCGAGAAGAAGGAGAGCCUUCUCGCCAAGCUGCACCGCACCAGCUCCAGCUCCAGCUCGUCGAGCGAUGAGGAAGAGGAGGUGAUCGAUGAGAACGGCGAGAUCGUCAAGAGGAAGAAGAAGAAGGGCCUCAAGGAGAAGAUCAAGGAGAAGCUGCCGGGACACCACAAGGACCACGAGGGCGACCACCACACGGCCUCCGUACCGUCCCCGGCGGCGGCGCCCGCGCCCGUGGUGGAGACGCACGCUCACCACCACCAGGAGGAAGAGCACAAGCCGCACUUCCCGGCCCCGGCGCCUCCCCCGCACGUGGAGACGCACGUCCACCAGCACGACCACGGCGUCGUCGUCCAGAAGGUCGAGGACGACGUGAAGACCGAGACCCCACCGCCGGCACCGGAGGAGGAGAAGAAAGGCAUGCUGGACAAGAUCAAGGAGAAGCUCCCCGGUGUCCACAAGAAGCUGGAAGGAGACGCUGCCGCACCGGCCGUCCACGCCCUGGCGCCGGCGCCGCACGCCGAGGACGUGAGCAGCCCGGAUGGCAAGGAGAAGAAGGGCUUGCUGGGCAAGAUCAUGGACAAGAUACCCGGCUACCACAAGAGCUCAUGUGAAGAAGACCACAAGGACGCCGCCGGCGAGCACAAGACCAGCAACUAA